GUCGGUUUAAUGUUUUCCCCGGUAUUUACAAGAAUCGGCAAUUCAUUGCUUCGUGUUUGUCGGUUGGCGCAGCGUCGUGUUGUGAUUACGUCCGUUUCAAUGGAGCAUACCAGUAUCAACUAUCCUGAAAUACGUAAGGAUGAAUCUACUAUAGAGGAAAAAUUUGGUGUCCAGGUAGGUGGAUUGUUUUCCUCAUAUUUUUUAACUACCGAUUGAGGUUGUAUCAUUCCAAAACAAUGCUUUUAAUAUGUUUAUAAGACUUAUAUAAACAAAAGGCGUGUUAUGUGUAAUCGAAUUCUGCCCACAUUAAAUCAGAUAUGUAGUACGCAAACCCAUCCACCGACCACCUCGACGCGCGAUAAUGGCUGGUGCAGGAGCAGGUUAGGAGAAAUGUAAGGACGGCCAAACCAAGACAUGGUAUUAACACAUAAAGACACUGACUGUUGAACUGAGUCGUGUAGGUACGUGUAGAUUAUCUGGUUGGGGUCCACGUGAUUAUGGUAACCAAUUGUUAAAGAUGGCGCAGGUUCAUGAUCCUUACAGAUGGCUGGAAGACCCGGAUUCUGCCCAGACAAAAGCUUUUGUAAAGGCACAAAAUCUGAUAACGGAGCAGUUCCUGCGUAAAUGUCCAUACACUUCAAAAAUCAGAGAUAGAUUAACUGCUAUCUGGGACUACGAAAAAUACUCUUGUCCAUUGAAAUACGGCUCCUUUUACUACAUAUGGCAUAAUAGUGGUUUACAAAAUCAAAGUGUUCUUUAUCAAAUGAAAACGUUGUCAGGACCCACAAAAACGUUUUUAGAUCCUAACGAAAUCGAUCCAGAAGGCCUUACAUCUUUGAGAAACUACAGUUUUUCGGUGGAAGGAACUUACUGUUGUUAUGGUCUUAGUUUUGGUGGUUCUGAUUGGUCUGAACUUAAAUUUAAAACUUGCGAAUCGGGCGAAGAUCUGCCAGAUGUUUUGCAACAUGUCAAGUUCAGUUCAAUUUCGUGGACGAAGGAUGAGAAAGGCGUUUUUUACUGUAUGUACCCUCAGCAUGAAGGUAAAGCGGAUGGUACUGAAACAACUACUAAUACUGAUCAGAAGCUCAUGUACCAUCGUCUGGGUACACCACAGUCAGAUGAUAUCUUAUGCCUGGAAAGAUCGGAUCACCCUACCUGGAAUAUUCAAGGAGAAGUGUCUGAUUGCGGGAGAUACUUACUGGUAACUUUGUAUGAUGGAUGUGAACCCAACAACCAGCUUUUCUACUGCGAUCUUGAAAAAGUCGAUCUAAUUAUCAAAAAAAAACUUGAGUUGAUUCCAAUCGUCGAUCGCUUUGAAGCUGUCUAUGAAUAUGUGACAAAUGAAGGUGAUUCAUUUGUAUUUCGCACCAACUUAGAUGCUCCGAUGUACAAGAUAAUCAAAAUUAAUCUUUCUAAUUGUGAUCGUCAACAUUGGGAAGAUCUUAUCGAUCACAAUGCGGAAUCACUCUUAGAAAGUGCAGUUUGUGUGAACGAGGAUAAAUUGAUCAUUUGUCAUCUAAAGAAUGUUAAGAGCUGCUUAUCCGUACACAAACUACUCACUGGGGAGAAGAUAUCGGAUAUUGAUAUUUCACUUGGAUGCGUCGCUAAUGUAACUGGACGCAAACGUGAUGAUGAAGCUUUCAUCCAUUUUACAUCGUUUCUCACUCCUGGAAUAAUUUACUCCUACAAUUUUUCCCACUCUCAUCCAAAGUUGGAGGUUAUCAGAGAGUCAAAGAUUCGGAAUGUAGACUUAAAUCAAUUUGAAGUGAAACAAGUAUUCUAUGAGAGUAAAGAUAAAACUGUGGUUCCUAUGUUUCUUGUUCUACCUAAAAAUUUCCAACAAAACAACUCGGCGCCGUGUCAACUUUACGGCUAUGGUGGAUUCAACAUAUCUGUUACUCCAUCGUUUUCGGUUGGACGAUUGUUUUUCUUGAUGCAUUUUGGUGGUAUAAUUGCAGUAGCCAACAUUCGUGGUGGAGGAGAAUAUGGAAAAUCUUGGCACGACGCCGGUCGGCUGCAAAACAAACAAAACUCUUUCGAUGAUUUCCAAGCAGCAGCCGAAUACCUUCUUAAUCAUGGAUAUACUAACAACCAAAAACUGUACAUUCAAGGAGGCAGUAAUGGUGGACUUCUAGUUUGUGCCUGUUGCAAUCAACGACCUGAUUUGUUUAAAGCUGCUAUUGCUCAAGUCCCAGUAUGCGACCUUAUUAGAUUCCACAAAUUUACCAUUGGACACGCCUGGAAAAGUGACUAUGGAGAUCCUGAUAAUGAAAAGGAUUUUUCAAACUUGAUGCGCAUUUCCCCACUCCAUAAUGUCAAGAUUCCAUCUAAUCCAGAUGUUCAAUAUCCAGCAUUGUUGAUUUUAACUGCAGAUCAUGAUGAUCGUGUUGUUCCGUUACACUCAUUUAAGUUUAUUGCUACUUUACAAGAAAAAUUAUGUCACAACUGUCACCAAACAAACCCUAUUCUGAUUCGAAUUGAGCCAAAGGCUGGACAUGGACAAGGCAAACCAACAUCAAAAUCAAUUAACGAGGUAGUAGAUAUAUACUCCUUCUUACAAACUGCAAUGUCACUCACAUGGAAAGAAUAAUAUGGAUUGUUAUCGCAAUUACUAGUCUUUGAAUUUUUGGUACCUAAUAAUGACGUCGCUGUUGUCAAUAUCUAUAGGUUAAUUUUACUAACUGCCCCCGAUUUGAUUUGUAUGAAUAUUGUCUGUGGUGCUUUGUUUAUUUAUUAACAUUCUUGGCUUUCAUAUCUAGUUUGUGUAACCAAACCAAACUUAUACAUUUGUUAUGACGUAUUAAAAAAAAUUAAUGAUAUUACCAA